AUGUCGAAUAUCAAAAUCAGGGAUGCCGUCGACGAAGAGGGCGGCUCAGAUUCAAGUUAUAAUCUAGGGGCCGAGGACCAUAAGCCCCAAAAAGCUAUCAGUGCGCAGAACUGGAGUACAGGGACAAAGCUCUACCAUACCACUAUCCCGUGCUCCUUGGCCUUUUUGAUCACAUUCUCCUCUUCUGUCACAUCACCUGCUACCUCCACACUUAUGACCGAGUUCAAUGUCAACCGCACGCAAGCUCUGCUCCCAGGAACUGUAUACAUGGUGGGCCUCGCAUUUGGCCCACUGAUCAUGGCCCCUCUGUCAGAAUUUGUCGGUCGUCGUUGGCUAUACAUCGUAACCUCAUCAAGUAUAGUUGCUUUCGCAGCAGGCUCUGGAGCUGCACAAACUUUCGCCACCCUUUUGAGCUGCCGGUUUCUCUGUGGGUUGUUGGGAUCAGCUGGAAUUGCUAUUGGUGCAGGAACAAUCCUUGAUCUAUGGGGGAUAGCGGAGGCCGGAGGGUUGGCAAGGCUCCUCUUCAUUCUGGGCCCAUUCCUGGGACCUACCAUGGGCCCGCUGGUAGGGGCAUAUGUCAUGCACGAUCAUCAUGGCGAUUGGAGAUGGACUCAGUGGGUGGUGGCCUUGAUUGGAGCGCCCAUCUGGAUUUUGGUCCUUUUCAUGAAGGAGACUUCUGGUGCCCGGAUCCAACACCGUGCUAAACACCCUGGUCGUUUCGGCAUUGUGGGACUGGCCUUGUCAACCCUCAAAGAAUCAACGCUCCGCUCGACGAGAAUACUUACAACCGAGGCCAUUGCAAUCUCCUUGACGCUGUACACAGGAUAUGGAUAUGCAGUGGUGUUCAGCUUUUUCGCAAGUGCCGCUUAUGUCUUUACUCUCGACUAUGACUUCAACAGUCGACAGGUCGGCCUCUCUUUGAUGAGCGUGGUUAUUGGUUACUUCGUUGCUGCUGUCGUGCACAUCAUAGUUCAGAAGACACUUUAUGCUCGAGCUAUUCAGCAAGCACCGAACGGCAUUCCGGCCCCAGAACAUAGACUGUACACUGCUAUGGCUGGAAGCAUUUUCUUGCCCAUCGGACUGUUCUGGUACUCUUGGGAGGCUCAUCGAGGCGGCCAUUGGGCUGCAGUUGUGGCCAGCGGGAUUCCUUUUGGUUUUGGUACCUUUGUUAUCUUCCUGUCCUCAAUAAGCUACCUUAUUGAGUCAUAUGGGGCUGGCGCCGCUGCAUCAGCCGUCGCUGCAAAUGGCACUUUUCGAUACCUUCUCGGAGCUGUCUUCCCUUUGUUCACCAUUCAGAUGUACGAAAAACUGCAUGUGCAUUGGGCAGGAAGUGUGUUUGCCUUUUUGUCUCUGGCUCUGCUCCCUAUUCCUUGGAUACUCUUCAGAUAUGGCCAUAUCCUUCGGAAGAAGAGUCGUUUCAUAGCAUCCGCAUGA